AUGCAGAGGUCCUUGAAUAUGAGUUUGGAGGGCAAAGUCGCCCUGAUCACGGGCGCCGCGAGCGGCAUCGGAGCGGCAGCCGCCCGACUCUUCGCGGAGCACGGCGCCUCGGUUGUGGUUGCCGACAUACAGGAUGAUCUCGGGCGCCAGGUGGCAUCCUCCAUCCGCGGGAGCUACAAGCAUUGCGACGUUCGGGACGAAGGGCAGGUGGCGUCCGCGGUGUCCCACGCACUCUCCGCCCACGGCGGCCUCCACGUCCUACUCAGCAACGCCGGCGUGAUGGGCCCCCUCGGGAGCAUCCUCGACCUCGACGUGGCGGGCCUCGACGAGGCCAUGUCCACCAACGUGCGCGGGGUGGCCGCCACCAUCAAGCACGCCGCGCGCGCCAUGGUGGCCAGCGGGACCCGCGGCUCCAUCAUCUGCACCGCCAGCGUGGCCGGAUGCGUGGGCGGGGCGGGCCCCCACGCGUACUCCGCGUCCAAGCACGCCCUCGUGGGGCUCGUCAGGAACGCGUGCAGCGAGCUCGGGGCGCACGGGAUACGGGUCAAUUGCGUCUCCCCGUUCGGGGUGCCCACGCCGCUCGCGUGUCGGGCGUACGGCCUCCACCCGGAGCAGCUCCAGGCCAACACCUGUGCCGCGGCUAAUCUCAAGGGGGUUGUGCUCACGCCACAACAUGUUGCCCAGGCCGCGCUCUUCCUAGCGUCCGACCACUCCGCCUACGUCAGUGGACACAAUCUCGCCGUUGACGGCGGAUUCACGGUCGUUACCCACGCUCGUUACUCUUCCCAAUCCGAUCCUUCUCAUAAAUCUUCAUAA